AUGAUUGGCGCCGCUGCAUCGCGCACUAUUCUGUCAUCUGGUCUGAGGAGCCAGCGUGCAACCACGGCCUCUGCCAUCUCCGCAGCCAGGACCUCGUCUCUGGCUUCGCGCAGCCCCCUGCUGGCUCCUGUGCAGCUGAGAGCUCUGCACACGUCUUUGCGACGAAGCGCGGCCAACCCGCAAUCUGGCAAGCCUGCUUCCGACUCGUGGUCGCACACCAAGCAGAACAUCAAGGAAGAGGCUGCCUCGCUGCGAUCUAGCGUCGAGUCUGCGAUCGCAGGCGGCGACAAGGGCGAAGCUGCCGACGCUGCUGGGUCGGGAUCCAACACGAGCGGUGGAGGAGGUGGUCCGUCGGGUGCUGCCGAGAUCCUCAAGGAUGCGCGAAGCAUCACUGGCGAGAUGGCACAGGCGGUUCCCCGGCCAGCUCUGCUGUGGGGAAGCGCUGGUGUGAUCCCGUACGUUAGCACUGCGGGUGCCUCGAUCUGGCUGGCGCGAAAGGAGCACCUGGUCAGCCUGGGGCUGGACAAGUCGAUGGACAGCGAGACGGCGAGUGCGCUGCUGCUGCACGCUCAGAACAUCCAGGUGGGCUUUGGCGCCGUGAUGCUCUCGUUCCUGGGCGCCAUCCACUGGGGUUUCGAAUUUAGCAAGUACGGCGGUCGCAUCGGCAACACUCGGUAUGCCAUGGGCGUGCUGCCUCUGGUACUUGGCUGGCCCACUAUGCUGCUCGCACCGCAGAUGGCACUGAUCGCGCAGUGGGCAUCGUUUGUAGCCGUGUGGUUCAUUGACCUGCGCGCAACUUCGGCCGGAUGGGUGCCCAAGUGGUACUCGACCUACCGUUUCUGGCUCACGUUUGCCGUGGGCACCAGCAUCAUCGCCACGCUAGCGGGUACCAACUACUACGCGCCGGGCAGCCGCAGCACGCUCGGCGGCACCGGCUCGAAGCUCGAGGAGGAAGUCAAGGCGGAUGGCCCUACCAAGAUGAAGCUGCUCCAGCAGAAUGCGAAAGGUAACAAGGGCGGUGUGAUCAAGCACAGUGAGGUGAGCGGUGAUGUCGAGGCCACCAGUGCGGGAGCUGAGGGCGACAGCUACGUGACCAUCGGUAAUCCCAAGCGCAAGGAAGAGGAGAGGAAGGAACAGGAAGAGGAAGAGAAGAAGAAAAAGGAGGAAGAGGCCAAGAAGAAGAAGGAAGAGGCUAGCAAGGGUGGAGAUGACGACAAGAAGGAGGGCGACGACAAGAAGAAGGACGACGAGUAG